AUGUUUCGCAAAAAGAAAUCUUUUCUCAUACGAGAUAUACUCGUCGGUCAGUGUCCACACGAUUGUCCACUUGUUGUCAAUGAAGAUGACAGUCAACAACAGCAACACCUGUGGCCGACCACUCAGAGUACCGCUAUAAACGAGUGGAGCACAGGUAUGUCACAUGCUUUCACACAACUGGAAGCUUUAAACAAACAUAUAGGAACAUCGAUACUGGCCCGGGAGCACCCUCUCUAUGGUCUAUACUAUGCGGCCGUGGCAUCAGCUACUGGUCAACAUCAACUGGACGGUGAUUGUCCACUAAGUGAGCACUCGUCAAACGGUGGAAGUAGUCAUCCAUUGGUAACAGUCAGCGGUCGUAAAGCCCGUCGAAAUCGUACGGUGUUUACUGAACUACAGCUCAUGGGUUUGGAGCGCAGGUUUGAUUCACAGAAAUACUUGUCAACACCGGACAGGGCUGAAUUAGCCCGAGCACUGGGACUCACACAACUACAGGUCAAAACUUGGUAUCAAAAUAGACGCAUGAAAUGGAAAAAACAGGUAAUGUUAACUGGAUGUACAGUACCGCCGACUAAACCUAAAGGAAGACCCAAAAAGAACUCCAUUCCCUCUUUUGGUGUAUUGGACACAACGGCACUGAUAGUGAGCGCCGCCGCCGCUGCCGACCCUACCCUGGCUUUGGUGCAAAGUCAGCGCUUGGAGGCCACACUGGCCGCCGCACUCAGCGCACAGCACUUACAAUAA